AUGAGUCAUAGGAAGGCCUAUUCUCGAUCUGGUGUCUUUGCUUGGAGUGGCCUUGGGGUAACCGAACAUGGACUUGUAGUCGCUGAAGCAGCACAACAGAUUGAUUUGUAUCGUGAUUCUUUAACAUCAUUUUUUGAUUUCGUAUCAACAAGUGAUAUUAUUCAGUCUGUUUCGAGUCAGCCGCUGAAACCGACUCGAAGCGUUACAGCGGAAUUCAAGCAAGCAUUUUUGUUUAAUGAUUUGGCAUGGGCGCCGUUUGUUACGGAAACUCAUCCUGGUGGUCUCAUCAUAGGAUGCGGCGAAAGUGGUCACACAUCUGUCUUUGAUGCUUCUUCAUUACAAGAUCUGUUUGCGACAUGCCUUAUAUUUAUUUGGCGAAGCAGAAAUUUAUUGGAACUUUCAGGUGGUAGUUUGCAAUGUUUGGGUGCUCGUUCAUACCAUCAAGGUCAUGUUCUGUCUGUAAAUGUUAACACUCUGAAUCCGAAGUGGGUUUGCACUGGCGGUGCAAUGGGAUCUGUGUUACUUUGGGAUCUCAAUAAUCCUUUGGAUGCCGUAACCCCAGGAAAAUCAAAUUUUGAGCAUCAAAUUAGGUGCGUUGGAUGGAAUCAGUGUUCUGAAUACAUAUUGGGUAGUUUAACUAGCGAACGCUGUUCUAUUUGGGACCUUCGUUCGCCUGGUGCUCCAACGCUUGAUAUCGCUGACAUUGGUGGAGGAGUGGAAUGGAGUACCAUGAGGUGGAGUCCGAAUAGCGGUACAGAACUUUGUGUUACAUCUCAGAACGAUCAACUUCCUAUGUUUUAUAAGUGGGAUUUGCGUUAUGCCGCUUCUGCUGUCUUAAAUUACCAGUUACAUAAAAAGUGUGGAAUAAUGGCUAUGGAUUGGUGUUCGAAAGAUCCAGAUAUAGUUGUAACGGUUGGAAAGGAUGAACAAAUAAUUUUUCAGAAUCCAAAUACUGGACAGUUAGUAGGGGUAAUGAAAACUAAUGGAUGGGCGAGGAAGCUCUCUUGGUGUAACACGAAUCCGAAUAUUUUUGCUGUUUCUUUCUAUGACCAGCCAGUCGGUAUCUAUUCACUAGCUUCCUUCGGCCCUGCAUCGCAAGGAAAUGAAGUUGUGGAAAAUGUUGGUUUCGAGCUAAGCGUUAUUCCAGCAUGGGUGCACCGUGGUACAUGCGGCACCAGCUUUGCUUUAGGGAACAAGUUCUGUUCUUUUACCAAAGAGUAUAAUUCUUCGGUCUCUUCCUUCUGUUCGAUAGUUUCAGUCGGAAAGGUUGAAGGUAAUAAACCUCUUCAUGAUUGGGCAUCGAAACUAUUGAAUGCUCUUAAAACAAAUCAGUUAGCAGCUUACUGUACAGAAUACGUGGAAUUGCUUGCUGCAGAACCGGAUUCAAAUCGUCUUCCACUUUCUGCAAAAGGGGACGAGAAAGAUUCUGUUGAGAAACUUUUGGCACAACUAAACGCUUGGUGUUUGAAACACGAAAACGAGUCUGAAGCUGAGGGAAGUGAUGCAGUUAACUCUUUUCAAGUGCUGUUUGAUGGCUCACAACAGCAAACGGAGUUACCGGUUUUCUCUAGUCCGCUUAGUGUAGACGGAAAUCCCAAGAUUCUCGAACUAAUUUCCGCGGACACUUGUACCGAAGUAGCUGCCAAAGCUUUAUUGGAAAAGGAUUACUUAUUUGCUCUGUUGGCUGCAUGCGCGGCAGAUGAUAAGAGGAUGAUGAAGAAAUUUUGCAUGAAACCUUUAGAUUCAUCUUUUGAUUCUGCAACGCGCGUCGCUGCGUUAAUGUCUGCAGGGAUGUGGAACGAGCUUAUUCAUUCCUGGGAUGUUAAAGAUUGGAGUUCAGUUUUCAGGCUAAUAAUUGCUCAGGCACCAGCAAAAUAUAUUGCGUCUCUUUGUCGGCAGCUCGGUCUUAAAAUGCAUUCGCAAGCAUUAGGUUUGUAUGCUGCUUUACCUGCAGUUGUUAGCGGUGACGUUGAAACCUUACUGAUUGCGACAGAAUCACUUCCUGUUCAAGAAAAAUUAUCUUUGGCUAACAUUUUAAGACAGUCUAUUGGAGGUGGUAGUUUGCGAGUUGCAUCUGUGGGACCUAAGUACGUCUCGGUACUAGGUGAGUGCGUCAGAGAAUUGGCAAAAGAAGGUUUCUUGGAAGAAGCCUGGCAACUAUUAGAUCCUAUAGAAGCACAGGACUUGGGCCUACGGGAGCUGAAAUUUUCGCUUUACGAGGCACUUGGGAAACCACCCAGUUCUGCAGUACCUGAAGAUCCUUUCUCGGAAGAUAGGAGUAUUUAUGCUCAGUUGAAUUCUUUCGGACCUAAAGUGUUGGGAGGACGCGGGCAACUGGAUCAGAAAAAAACUGUGCAGUAUAACGCCCACUCGGGAUCGGGAAUGGUAUAUCAGCGUUAUCCUGCUCCUCCUAAUGUUUAUAACCAAAACCAGCCUUCUGUUCCUCCCCUUUCGUCUGCUUCCGCUUAUUCCCAAUAUCGACCAGCAGGUUAUCCUUCACUAGCAUAUGGCAGUGCGACUCCCGCUUCUUAUGGUCAGUUCUCACAACCUAUGCAAACUCCACCGUCAUCAUCGCAGAGUCAGAAUAUUUAUUCUACUGCCGCUUCGAUUGCGUCUCCUCCCACAAUGAUGGCAUCGGGCGAUGUAUAUUCUGGAUAUCUGGGGAGAAGUCGUACAGUCCCUUCAAAAAGAUACGUAAAUCCAGACAGCUCCUCAUCAGGGCUUGGAUGGAAUGAUCCUCCACCGGUAGCAUUAAAGAAGUCUACGGUUCAGACGGCAGUGGCAGAUAUUAAAUGGACCCCUGCAACAGUAACUGAAAAUAUACCAUUUGUACCUGAGAAAAAGCCAUCUUCUCCACCUCCUAAAUCUUACACACUAAACGAAGCUGAUUCUUACGUAAUUAGUGUGCUCAAUUCUUUGAUCGCGAAUAUCAGAGAGGGAGACAAUUGUUUGGCAACUGCACAUCGGACCGCAGACAUAGAGUCAAAAAUAUCAAACGAAUUGAUCCCUCGCCUUUCGAAUUCCUCGUUUUCGGAGGAGACUCGAGUCUUAUUUCAAGAGUUCGCGAGGUAUAUGGCCGUAUACGACUUCCAGUCUUGUCAUGGUGUGAUUUCAAAACUUGUUGGUGGCAGGGAUUUUGUGGAGCUUUCGCCGGUUUUACCUUGUCUACGAACACUGUUACAGUUAGCACAAAAGACGUUCGUUCGCCGUUAA